AUGAUGCGUUUGGUUACUUUUGUUUGGUUUCUUUUUCUCCUUUCAAUAGUGGUUCGUUCAGAGCCAAUCGAUUACAAUAUUCGUGGCACUAUCAAACCUGGUUGGGAGUUUGUUCGAGAUCUGUUUCGAGAUAAUUUUGUACAAGAUCAAGAUCUUGGUGCUUCUGUGGCGGGCUAUUAUCAGGGAGCAUUGGCGUUUGAAUUAGGAGGCGGAUGGUUUGAUCAGUCGCGAACAAAACCUUACGAUGUCGAUACUUUACAACUGGUCUUCUCUACCUCGAAAGGUCUUGUCGCUGCCGCUGUUGCACUUGCAGUUCAACGUGGCCUUCUCGAUUAUUCGGCUUUGGUAACUCGUUACUGGCCUGAAUAUGGACAAAACGGAAAGGAAAACACUACUGUAGCCGACAUUCUUUCUCAUCGAGCCGGAUUGCCUGAUACUUCAGAACCGUUUGAACAAUUUUUGAAUUGGACAGUAAUGAUUCAUAUAUUAGAACAAAUGACACCAUUGUGGUCACCCGGAUCAGCACAUGGCUAUCAUGCAUUGACCUAUGGAUGGCUUGCAGGAGAACUCAUUCGACGUGUCGAUCCAAAAAAACGAUCUCUGGGUCGAUUCAUCCAAGAGGAGAUAUCGAAUCCUAUUAUUCUCGAUUUGUUCAUCGGUCUUCCAGAAAAUCAGGAAUAUCGAGUAUCGCCACUUGAACUCAGUGAAAAUUCAAAGCUAAACUUCAACGAAUCACUCAUAACCUUCGUUGAUUCAUUCAAUGAUCCUCGUACACAUAGAGCAGAAAUACCCGCCGCAAACGGAAUUGCCACUGCUUGGUCUAUCGCUAGAUUCUAUUCAGCAUUAAUCGGUGACUUAGACGACGGAAAACACAAACGAAUAUUGAAUGAAGAUACUCUCAAAUUGGCUACUCGAUCGAAUACUCCUGAAGGCGAACUUGACUUAGUGCUGCAAAUAAAAAGUUCGUUUGGCAUGGGCUUUGUUUUAUAUCAUGACGAUUUUCCAGAAUUUGGACCGGGUACUUUUGGACAUGGAGGUUUUGGUGGCAGUCUCGGUUUGUGUGUACCUUCUAAAAAUUUCUCUUUUGCUUAUACCAUGAAUCGACUGAAGAUACCGCCGGCAGACAAUGACCAACGUCUUGGAACCAUGCUGAAAAAAAUUGCUGAAUUUCUCAAUCAAUGA